AUGCGCCAAAUCGCGUCAAAACUGGUACCGGAGGUCGCGUCGAAAACCGAGGACUUGACCCUGGACCAGGUGCUGGAUGGGUUAAAGCUCAAGAACAAAAUGAAGGGUUUCCAGCAGGGAGCGUCUAGGCUUCGGUCCGCGUACCCUGGACGUUCCUACGAAGAGGUGGACCAUGACCUUGAGGCUGUGGUGCCAUUUAGGAGCGGGAAUAAACCUCUUUCGAAGGAAGCAGCGAGGAUAUUGACCGCGCUAGGAUUUCUAGACAGUCGUCCGGUCCUGGACCCUGUUGGUCUGCAGGCAGAGACUUCUCCAACAUCAGACAUGACAAGAACUUCAACGACUCCAGAGCCGCAGGCCCUCAUUGUCGAGACUCCGAAAGACUUCCUGAACCCUCCGCAAAGCAUUUUCCCUGCGACCGAUGACCCCAACGAGGAGGCGAUCAAUGCAAUGAAAGUCCCGCCGAGACUAAAACAAGAUACAAUACGGAAACAUGAAGCCACACCGGAAGAAAAGGACAAACAAAGAAUUGCCGUCAUGCAAGGGGACAAUGUACGAGAGGCAAUGGCCGAUGCCUUCUCACUUGUACCGCUGACGGAGGAACCCACGAAUGUACCGAGACUGAGUCACGACUUGUCGCGUGUGCUCUUCAAUCCAGGUGUCUACCAGCUACAGGAUCCACGGUCGAGAGUAUGGAACUUCGAUCCGUAUCUCGGCACCCUGAUGCCUGCCUCCGAGUUCAACUACGAAGCCUUGAACAAGUACAUCACUUCAUCCGAGGAUAUCCACCUCCGAGAAGUGGCCCUGCAACACACGAAGCGUUACAUCGGUUCCACAUCAAGUAUGUCAGGGGUCCUCUCCCAUUUCCAUUUCCUUCUUUCGGCUUUCCGGAGCCUCAACUUGGAGAACUUGACUCGAGGAUUCAAGGAUGACGGUGUCCAUUUUACGAGGCUGCAGAGAGGCCCCACGGCCAUCUUUCUCCGGCACAAAGACGGUGUAUACGCCGUGGAUGCGGAUAAAGAAUUUGACUCUGCAAAUAUCCUCAUGAGCCUCGGCCGCUCCAUGGAGAAGCUCUUGACACUCGACAAGGACGAAUUCGAACGAUACCGAAGGACCAAGGAUGCGGCCAAGGAUCCGCAGAUGCCUGCCACUGAACCCGAGGUAUAUCACUAUUCCGGACUGGGCGAGUUCCUUUUGCGUUCACAGCUCGACGCACACGAUCCUCGCCUGCCUGGAACAGGCAUGUUCGACCUCAAGACGCGAGCGGUGGCAGCUGUCCGAAUGAUGGUGCACAACCACGAAGUAGGAGCGGGCUAUCAGAUCAAGGAGAGGUUUGGAACCUGGGAAUCGUAUGAACGAGAAUACUACGACAUGAUGCGAUCCGCCUUUCUCAAGUACUCCCUUCAGGUCCGAAUGGGCCGCAUGGACGGCAUCUUCGUCGCGUACCACAACACCGAACGUCUGUUUGGCUUUCAGUACGUACCUGUUUCGGAACUUGAUCUGGCGCUGCACGGCCAGUCGAAUCGAAUCCUGGGAGACCAAGAAUUCUCCCUCAGCAUUCAGCUCCUGAACGACAUUUUCAACGAAGCGACAAUGAAGCACCCCGGUCAGUCCCUUCGGUUUCACUUUGAGGCCAGAGAGGCUACGGCUGUCUCUCCUCCGUACAUGUACAUCUUUGCGGAGCCGGUUACUGAGGAUGAGAUUGUCGAAAUCCAAAAUCUGAAAAAGGAAGAAAUCCGAGCAUUCGAGGACCGUCUCUUUAACCCGCGACGGACUCAUGGGUACGAGGACGCCCAUGACGAGGAGGAGACAGAGCCUGAGGCCGAAAGCGAGGAUGUUGAUUCUACCAACGACUCUACCAUAGUUGCAGAUUCACCUCGUCGCUCCAAUGCCGCAAAUGUCGCAUUUCUGGAUAGCAUCAUGGGCAUGAACAUCAAUGAGGCCCUGGGGUCAAAGUCGAUCGAGGGCCGUGCUUCCCAGAUGGGGGGAAAGCAUACUUCGGCCAUCGAAGGGACGGCCGCAGAAUCUCCAAUGCUGAAGCCAUUCUCGGGCUGGAAGCUGAAUAUUCGGAAUCUGGUCAAUGGACUGCCUGUCGUGCGACCUGAAAACUUCAAAGAGGGAGAUAGCUGGAAGCUGCAAUACACAUUGAGGCCACUCUCUGAUCACGAAGCUCGCCGGCAUUACACACUCUGCAAGAAUCGUCGCAAAGCCACGCUGGAAGCUCCGCAGGAUACAGAUGAAGCGGCCAGCUUCUACAUUCGACGGCUCAUAUCGAUGAGUCGCAGCGGAGCACAGUGGCGGCGCCAUUUGGACAAACUUGAUGCCCAACGCAAACGGGUUGUACUAUAUGGAGAUGAUAGAUGA